GUGGUCUUCAUGUGCAUGCGCGUGCUCUGGACAGUGGUUACACCAACUCCCCUUGUCCACUGUACCUUUUCAUUGCUCCUUCCACACCACAGCUGUAGAGGAGUUCGUCCCCUUCUUGCCUUACUUCCUCCCUCUGCAUCUCGUCGAUGGAAACUCUCUCCUGGUAGCCAGCUGAUCUUGAUCUGGAUGGGCCGGCUACCGCGGCGCUGGUGAUCGCGGUGACGACGUUGAGGUGCAUAUCUAGGGAGCGAAUCAGAUCUGGAGUAAGAGUUUUUAUUUCUGUGCUGAAGCAAAGAACAACAGCAAGAUAUGGCAACUGCAAUAGUGGUGGGUUUUUGUACCGGCGCAAUGAAACCUGUUCUUCAAAAGCUGGCCACUCUAAUGGGAGACGAGUUCUCCAAGGUGAAAAACGUGCGGAAGGAUGUGGAGUUUCUCAGUGAUGAGCUUACAAGCAUGAAUGUUUUUCUUGAGAGCCUUGAAGAUGUGGACGAGCUAGAUGCACAAACCAAGCUCUGGAGAAACAAAGUGAGGAACAUGUCCUAUGACAUUGAGAACAUCAUUGAUGACUUCAAGCGAAAAAUUGGUGAGAAAGGUGAAAAGGAUGGGCUCGCCAUGAAGACUCUUCGACUCCUGAAAUCUUCCAGAGCCCGUCAGCAGAUAGCUGGCCAGAUUGAAGAGAUCAAGAAACUAGUGUCUGAUACUAGUGAACGACACAAAAGAUAUGAAUCUAAAGCUCGUCCAUCAAGUGAUGUGACCACUGACCCACGAGUUGUCACAUUCUAUCAAGAUGCAAUUAGCCUUGUUGGGCUGGAGGGGCUAACUGAUGAGCUCGUCAAUUACCUGAAGGACGAGGAGACACAGUUGAAGGUGGUAUCCAUUGUGGGAUUCGGAGGACUGGGAAAAACAACACUCGCCAAUGAGGUAUACCGUCAGUCCAAAGGUGGACUUGAAUGUUGUGCAUUGGUCGCAGUGACGCAGAAGCCAAACAUCCCAAGUCUUCUACGUAGUUUACUAUCUGAAGUUGGGAGCAAAUCAUGUACUAAUGGUUGUGACGAAAAUGUUCUUAUCAACAAACUCAGAGUAUAUCUGCAACAUAAGAGGUACUUGAUUGUAAUUGAUGAUCUAUGGGAGAGAUUACCAUGGGAUAUUAUUAAAGGUGCUUUCCCAGAUAAUGGCCUUGGCAGCAGAGUAAUAACAACUACAAGAAUACAUGACGUGGCUAAGGCAUGUUGCUCCAAUCCCCGUGAUUAUAUAUUGAAAAUGAAGCCACUUAGCGAUGAAGACUCAAGAAGACUAUUCUUUGGUAGGAUAUUUAACUCUGAAGAUGCCUGCCCUCGUCAGCUUCGGGAUAUUUCUAUUGAAAUUCUCAAGAAAUGUGGCGGUAUGCCCCUUGCAAUUAUUACUAUAUCAGGCAUGCUAGCAAGUGGAAUGCUACCAGGUGAAGUCUUCGAUCAAGAGGAGUGGGAACAUAUACGGAAUUCUCUAGGUUCGGGGACAAAUCUCACGUUGGAAGGGGUGAGAAAAAUCUUAGACCUCAGCUACAAAAAUCUACCUCCUCAUCUCAAGACAUGCUUGUUGUAUCUUGGUAUGUAUCCAGAGGACUUUGAAAUACCGAGGCAGCGUUUGGAACUUCAAUGGAUUGCCGAAGGUUUUGUCAGUAAAGAAGAAAAGGGAAAAGAUGUGGAGAAGGUUGCAAGAAGUUAUUUCAAUGAGCUUAUCAAUAGGAGCCUUAUUCAACCUACAAAAUUUGACAACCAUGGUAUGGUCACACAUUGCAAAGUUCAUGAUAUGAUGCGUGAUCUUAUCUUGUGGAAGUGUGCAGAAGAGAAUUUUCUCACCAUAAUUGAUGACCCUCGAGCCAUGUCAAAACUGGAUAACACGGUCCAUCGACUGUCUCUCCAAAGUGAUUGUCCAAGAUUUACAAAAGUGUUACCGGGUAACACUAAUCUGUCACAAGUUCGGACGUUUAUGAUCUUUGGCGAUCUUCAAUAUAUACCUCCUCUGUCCAUGUUCAAAUUCCUCAGGGUUCUUCUUAUUGAGGAGUCCAAAUGUCUUUAUCCCGCCGGCACCGCUGCACUGGCCAAGUUGUAUCAGCUGAGAUAUUUAGCCAUGACCAAGCAGAUUGGGAUAUCGGUACCAACAGAGAUCAGAGGGCUACGACACUUGGAAACACUUGAUUUACUUGAUAAUAUGGAUGUUCCAUCUGAUAUAGUUCAUCUAAGAUGCUUGAUGUUCUUGAAUAUCCGUUGGUCUUCCACACCAAUUCCUGAUGGCAUCGGCAACAUGAAGUCCCUGAGAUAUUUAAAAAAAUUUGAUGUGAUGCAGAACUCACUAGAUAACGUCGAGGGUCUUGGAGAGUUAACCAGUCUGAGAGUACUAGCAGUAUGCAGCCAGUGGUAUGCUGCGUCCGACUUCAAGAUACGAAUGGAUGCUCUGUGCUCUUCUUUGGGGAAAAUUUGUACCAGCCUCGAGUACCUGGGUUUGGAUAUCAUAGGCUGCAUGGAUGUCUUGAUGGACUUGUCACCUCCUCCCCGCCGACUUGAGAGACUGUACAUGGGUAAUCACCAUGAGAAUGAACGGGAAGAUGUUCUUUUUGACACGGAGGAUGACCUCGGCCUCUGCAUCUGGGCGAUACAUACGGCCAAGGAAUGGAAGCCUGUACCGGGCAGCUACUUUUCCAGGGUCCCUAAUUGGAUGGGGGAACUCAGUAACCUCAAAGAACUGGUAAUCAAUGUCCUAGAGGCUUGGAAUAUUGGUAUUCUAGCACAGUUGCCCGCUCUCGCUCAUCUCAGACUAUACAUCAGAAAAUCUCUAAGAGAAUGGUUUGUCAUCUACGCCGGAGAAUUCCCUGUUCUAAAAUGUUUUGAAAUUCGGUUGAGCAGUGCGUCGUACCUGGCCUUCCAGGCUGGUGCAAUGCCAAAGCUCCAGUGGCUCGGCCUGCAAUUCAGCGGCGUAGGGUGGUUCCAGCACGUGCCUGGACCAGCCGGCAUCCGACACUUGUCAGCGCUUGAAGAAUUUUCGGCCCAAAUCGGAUACAUGAACUAUUGUUAUUAUGGAGACUAUAGUUAUUAUGGAGAGAAAUGGGCCAAGGUUGCCAUGAGGAAUGCUCUCCACAUGCAUCCCAACCAUCCUCGCGUUCACAUCACAUGUGAUACAAUUUGCAAUCUUGAGUCGUCGUUUUUGCCAUGUGAUGAUUCUGAUCAAGGCGCCUCUGAUCCUCCGCACAGGGCUGCUGACUGCUGAAGGCAUCUCAUGACGACUCCUACUACUACUGUGCUACCAUAACCCCAUCAAUUCAAGUCUGAGCCGUUGGAGAACUCGCGGUAUGUUAGCACAGAGUUCGCAAUCAGCCUCUGCAUUGUAUCGUUUCUUAUUUCGGUGUGUUUGUUUUCCACUAGUAUUUUGUUUUUAUCAAACUGAGUGUUGUCUAUUUGUGUAAUAAACCGAAUAUGUUAUUUGUUUGUGUAAUAAACUGGAUGCUAUCUGUUUGAAGUUUUAA